AUGGGCUGGUUUGAUCGCAAGAAGGUGGUCAAGGCGAAUAAAACCGCCGAGCCGCAAAUUCAAUAUCAGACACAACUACAACCACAGACACAACAUCACCAAGUUCCCGCCCUCCCAGCGCCUCCGUCUUACCACAAUGCCGUCACAAACCAGCCGUCGCAGCAGUGGGCGCCGCCGUUCGGCUUUCAGCCUGGCUUCGGCCCUGCGCCUGUCGUCGUGAAUCAGGUUCAGAACUUCUACGGCCUCGCCGACAACAAUAACAGCGAAGCUCGCCCGCCGACGGCUCAGACGCAGCUCGUGGCCCGGCCCAAGCACCGACAUGAUCAGCCACUUGAUACACCACAGUCGAAACCUACGCCCAAAUCAUCCUGCGCCGCCCUGACGGUCCCCGACAUGGCCGAGAUCGAGGCUGGCUUCCAUCCUCACGCCCAGGAGCUCAUCCAUCAGACCUCGCUCGCUGUAGACCUUUUGACCAACACAUUCGCCGCGGUGCUCGCCACAAUUGACGAGCCUACGGCGCCAGAAAAGGAAAGCCCGCACAGCAAACCAGGCGCCAGGAAGACACGGCCGUCCAAAUCAUCCACCAAACCAGCCGAGAAACCGCCCUCCUCCUCCUCGCCGCUGGCCAAGAUCUACGCCUACGCCAACUCGCGCCUCCCCUCCGACCUCAAGCCGCUGCGCCUCUACAUCCCAACCUGGCCCCUCCUCUGUCUGGCCGCCCACUACGCCGAGCGCGUCUACAGCUCGCGCCCGGACAGCCCGCACAUCACGGUGGCCCCGGACCUUCGCACCGGCGCGAAAGCCAUGCUCCUGGCGACCGCCGCCGCCGACGACGCCGCCGCCCUCGUCCUCGCCGUCCGCGGCUCCGCCAGCCUCGCCGACUGGGCCGUCAACCUGCGCGCCGCGCCCGCGAGCCCCGCCGGCUUCCUCGACGACGCCGGCAACCUGUGCCACGCGGGCUUCCUCGGCGUCGCGCGCGCCAUGGCCGCCCCGCUCGCCGCGCGCCUGCGCCGCCUGCUCGACGAGGAGCCCCGCCGCCGCGGCCACAGCCUGCUCGUCACGGGCCACUCGGCCGGCGGCGCCGUCGCCGCGCUGCUCUUCUGCCACAUGCUCGCCGUCGACGGCGGCCGCGGCCCGCUCGCCGACGUCGCGCGCCGCUUCAAGAGGGUGCACUGCGUCGUCUUUGGCUGUCCGCCCGUCAGCCUGCUGCCGCUGGCCCUGCCGCCGGGCACGCGGCGGAAUCUGUUUCUCGGGUUCGUCAACGAGGGGGAUCCCGUCGUCAGGGCGGAUCGCGGCUACGUCAGGAGCUUGGUUGAGCUGAUGGCGAGUCCGGUGCCGGUCGUGGAGAGACGCGAGCGGUCGGAGGAGAGGAGGGGCGAGGAUCGACGGGAUGACAAGAGGGAUAGAGAAGCGAGGAGAGAACGACAAGACAAGAGGGAGAGAGACGACAGAAAGGCGCGGGAGAAAAAGUCGAUGGCGCAGCUCAUCGGGCUGGGACCGAAAGCGGCGUCCAGAGACGAGAAGCCCAAGAGAAGACGCAGACGACCUGUCUGGCCCGUGCCGACGAGCACCUUGAGCGUUCCCGGCCGCAUUGUCGUCCUACGCAGCGGACGGCCUGAGGCAGAGGGCACGAGGAGGAGCGUCGAGGCGAGACUGGACGAGGGCGUCGUCGCGCACAUCACGACGGACGAGCAGCUGAGGAGUGUUGUCUGGGGGGACCCCGUGGCGCACUCCAUGAGACUCUACGCUGGUCGCGUCGAGACGCUAGCUGUCGGCGCUGUUUUGGGCCGGCGAGGAGGGCCUGGGGAGGACUAA